AUGAAACUUGUUUGGUCCCCUGAAACAGCAUCUAAAGCAUACAUCGACACAGUACAAUCUUGUAAGGUUUUACGUGGAUCAGGCGUGGCGGAGCUUAUAUCAGCCAUGGCGGCGGGAUGGAAUGCGAAGGUGAUAGUAGAAACAUGGUCAGAGGGAGGUGCAAUCGAAACAAGCAUAGGUUUAGCGAUAGCGAGAAAGCACACGAAUGGGAGACACGUGUGUAUAGUCCCAAACGAGAGAUCGAGAUUGGAAUACUAUGAUCGAAUGGGAGAAACAGGAGCUUCAACGGAAAUCAUUGUCGGAGAAGCAGAAGAAGUCAUGGAAAGGUUCGUUGAAGAGAUAGAUUUCAUGGUGGUGGAUUGUAAUGGAAGUAACGAUUUCUCGAGGGUUUUGAAGGUGGCCAAGUUGAGUGAGAAAGGAGCGGUUUUGGUUUGUAAGAAUGCGAAUAUGAGAGGUGGGGGUUUCAAAUGGGAGAAUGUUGUUGGAGAAGAAGGAGGAUUACCAUCACGACGGGUUGUUAGAUCGGUGUUUCUUCCGGUUGGGAAAGGACUUGAUAUGGCACAUGUUUCGGCGGUUGGAGGUAAUUUGGGAAAAGAUGGUCGUGGUCGGAGUGGGAAGAGAUGGAUUAGGCAUGUUGAUCAACGCUCAGGAGAGAUGCAUGUUAUUAGACGAUAA